AUGAGUGGUGAUGAACUGGCUGUCUUGAGAAAGACCUGGGACAUUUAUAUUACUGAUAUGGCUACUAAUGGGUUAUUCGACGAGAACCCCACAUUCCGGGCGUGGUUCCCGAAAAUGGUGGGCGAACUCCGGGAUAACCCGGCGGUCAUACGGAACGCCGAAAGUGACUUCUUAUUCAUAUCGGGGCUCAUAGACAACUAUAUCGAACAGGAUAAGGGUGAGGCAAGAAAGAACCUUGCUAAAUGGUCAGGGUGCCACCAUAAGAAUAAUGUGACGGCUGAAAUGUUGGGCAAAUUUCGGGAUGUGCUCCUGGAUGAAUUGAAAAUAAAAUUGGAUCCCGAAGUUAUGGAUGAGGCAACUAAUAGCACCUGGGCUAAGUUCUUUGAGACUGUUAUGGCGCUACUCGACGAAAAUCCCACAUACAGGGCGUGGUUUCCGAAAAUAGUGGGUAAACUCCGGGAUAAUCCGGAAGUUAAAAGGAGUUCCGAAGUGGACUUCCUAUUCAUAUCGGGACUCAUAGACAACUAUAUCGAGAAUGAAAAGAGUGAAGCCAGAAAGAACCUUGCUAAAUGGUCAGGGUGCCACCAUACAAGUAAGGUUACAAGUGAAAUGUUGGGCAAAUUUCGAGAUAUUAUCCUGGAUGAAUUGAAAAUAAAAUUGGGUCCCGAAAUAAUGGAUGAGCCAGCAAGUAACACCUGGGCUAAGUUCUUUCAGAAUAUUAUGGCGUCAAUUUAUCAUUAAUUUUUAUUCAAGUUUAGCUUGGAC